AUGGAUCCCUUAUUCACCACAACUGAUUUAAAAUUGCCAAGCAAUUGGACCAACUCUUCAGGGGUCAAUGGAACUGAACAGGACUGGAACCAGUUUGUGCAACCCGUUUGGAGAAUUGUGCUAUGGGCAUUCGCCUACAGUUGCAUGGUUACUGUGUCUCUGGUGGGGAACGUCGUUGUAAUUUGGAUCAUUAUGGCGCAUAAACGAAUGCGAACUGUGACCAACUAUUUUCUGUUGAACCUCGCGUUUGCUGAAGCGUCUAUGUCUGCCUUCAACACCGUUAUCAACUUCAUCUAUUCCGUGCACAACGAGUGGUACUUCGGGCUGAUGUACUGUCGCUUUCACAACUUCUUCCCCGUCGCUGCUGUCUUCGCUAGUAUAUACUCUAUGACUGCGAUAGCGGUGGACAGGUACACUGCCAUCAUCCACCCCCUGCAGCAACGCAUGUCAUCCACAGAGACCAAGGUGAUCGUGGGGGUGAUCUGGGUGCUGGCUCUGCUUCUGGCCUUCCCUCAAUACUACUACUCAGUGACCGAGGAGCUCCCUGGACGAAUCAUCUGUUACAUCGAGUGGCCCGAAUACACCGGCUGUGACUACAAAAUUCUGUACUACGUAUGUGUGACUGUGCUGAUCUACUUCCUGCCUCUGCUGGUGAUGGGCUGUGCCUACCUGGUGGUGGGCCUCACCCUCUGGGCCAGUAACAUACCUGGAGACUCCUCUGACCGCUACAAGGAGCAGCUCACUGCCAAACGCAAGGUGGUGAAGAUGAUGAUCGUGGUUGUGUGUACAUUUUCUCUCUGCUGGCUGCCCUACCACGUGUACUUCCUGCUCCACCUGUUCUUCCCCCUCCUGUUUGAGACGCUCUACAUCCAACAGGUGUACCUGGCUGUCAUGUGGCUGGCCAUGAGCUCCACCAUGUACAACCCUAUCAUCUACUGCUGUCUCAACGACAGGUUCCGAGCUGGCUUCAAGCAGGCCUUCAGCUGCUGUCCCUGUGUCCCCACCAGCUCCUACGAGGGUCUGGAGCUCAAGUCCACACGUUACCUGCAGACCCAGGCCAGCAUGUACAAGGCCAGCCGCAUGGAGACCAACGUGUCCUCCGUGAUGCAUGUGGCCGACGACCUGGAGCCUCCCAGGUGCUCCUCUCUUGACCUGACCUCUAACGGCUCCUCGUCCCGCAGUGUCUCCAAGAAUGUGUCGGAGACCUCCAGCUUCUACUCUAGCAACAACCUGCCUGAGUAGAGAGGGGAAAGGAGGAUCAGGCACCACUAAACACUCUAUCUCACUAUACCUGCCCAUGGGGGCUGUGUUUGUGUAUGUGUGUGCAUGCGUGUGCACAUAUAUUCCAUCCAUGUUUGUCUUUGACC